CCCGCCCCCGCCUCCCGCUUUCCCGUCCCAGGACGCGUUGCGCGGCCCGGGCCGGAAGUCCUCGAAUUCCCGGGUGUGUGUCUGUGUCUGUGUCUCGCGGCGGUGCCGCGGCAGUCAAGCGCUUUGGGGUCCGCGUCGGAAGCGUCACCGCUGUCACUGCCGCCACCAUACCGAGUCACUUCUAGAGGGACGGAGACCCGGCCUUCCGCCGGGUGGAGAAGAUGUUGCCCCUGUCCAUCAAGGAUGAUGAAUACAAACCAUCCAAGUUCAAUCUGUUCGGCAAGAUCUCAGGCUGGUUUAGGUCCAUCCUGUCGGACAAGACAUCCCGGAACCUGUUUUUCUUCCUGUGCCUGAACCUCUCUUUCGCUUUUGUGGAACUACUCUACGGCAUCUGGAGCAACUGCCUAGGCUUGAUCUCCGACUCUUUCCACAUGUUUUUUGAUAGUACUGCCAUACUGGCCGGAUUGGCAGCUUCUGUUAUUUCAAAGUGGAGAGAUAAUGAUGCUUUCUCUUAUGGGUAUGUUAGAGCAGAAGUCCUGGCUGGCUUUGUCAAUGGGCUGUUUUUGAUCUUCACUGCUUUCUUUAUUUUCUCAGAAGGAGUUGAGAGAGCAUUGGCUCCUCCAGAUGUCCACCACGAGAGACUGCUGCUUGUUUCAGUUCUUGGAUUUGUGGUAAACCUAGUAGGAAUAUUUGUUUUCAAUCAUGGAGGUCAUGGACAUUCUCAUGGCUCUGGCCAUGGCCACAGUCAUUCCCUCUUUAAUGGUGCUGUCGAUCACAGCAAUGGCCACGAAGAUCAUUGCCAUAGUCACGAAGCCAAACAUGGAGCCGCACACAGCCAUGACCAUGACCAUUCUCAUGGACACGGGCACUUGCAUUCCCAUGAUGGCCCGUCCUUCAAAGCAACGGCAGGACCCAGCAGACAGAUUUUACAAGGUGUAUUUUUACACAUUCUAGCAGACACACUUGGGAGUAUUGGUGUAAUUGCCUCUGCCAUCAUGAUGCAAAAUUUUGGGUUGAUGAUAGCAGAUCCUAUCUGUUCGAUUCUUAUAGCCAUUCUUAUAGUUGUAAGUGUUAUUCCACUUUUAAGAGAGUCUGUUGGAAUAUUAAUGCAAAGAACUCCUCCCUCGUUGGAAAACACGCUUCCCCAGUGCUAUCAGAGGGUGCAACAGUUACAAGGAGUUUACAACUUGCAAGAACAGCACUUCUGGACACUCUGUUCUGAUGUUUACGUUGGGACCUUGAAGCUUAUAGUAGCCCCUGAUGCUGAUGCCAGGUGGAUCUUAAGCCAAACACAUAAUAUUUUUACUCAGGCUGGAGUAAGACAGCUUUAUGUACAGAUUGACUUUGCGGCAAUGUAGUCAAAGAAAUGAAACUGAUUGAGGACCAAACUUUCCCAGUACUGUGCAAUCCAAAGCACCGUACUACCCGCCCAGUGCUCUGAAAGAGACCUGACCACUACACUCGGAAGCACGAAGGAGGCAGGUAGAGUCCGCCGCGUGCUCUGGGUCAUAGCCGGAUCCUGCCAGACUCGCCUGUGUGCUUUCCCUUCAAGCCAUUCUGACUGCUGAGGGUUCUGGGUGCGUUCUAGGGUAUUGGGUUAUCUUAUUCCCCGCUGGGGGUUCUUGCUGAUCACCUUCACCCCAUCCUUCUCAUCCCACCCAGCCAGUGAGAAAUUCAGACUGGGGGCCUUCAACCUUCUGAAUGUCUUCAGUAACGCUGCUGGAAACCACUGCUUUUAUUUCCAUAAAACCAGUGUUGUCUUUACAAAAAGAAGUCUGGUUUCUAUGUAAUGUCACAGUUGUUGACGUUCUUCAGUAUAAUCAUAUGUUUGUAAAAAUUGUUUGUACCUUGCAAACUUACGAACCAAACCAUAUUGGGUUUUCAAAGUGCCUUUGUAUCAGAAAUGUAUUUGCCAGCAUAGAAAUGUACCAUCAAAGGUCAUGUGUAUGUUUUUUUUAAAUGGGUAUUCUGUAAUUUGUACAAAAUAAGACUUGCUAGUAACAUACAUAAUUGUCUUUGUGUAUUUCCAACAUAGAGUUAAAUAUAUUAAAUUUUUGGUCUUGUGAAAAAUGACAUUAUUUUGCUUUAUAAAAAAUCUAGUUAUCACAUUAAGUUACCUUGUAGCCUAUUUUCAAAAAUGCAAAUACAUUAGAAAAACUUAUUUAGACAUAAACCAUCUGCUGCAUCACAGAUUUCUAUGAAAAUCUUCACCCGUCUGUGGUAAAUUUUCCGAUAGCUCUCCUUGCCUGUUUAGAUUUUGUUAAUGUCAAGAACGAGCGCCUUGGGCAGCAGAAAGAGUGGUGCCAGGGCUGUCUUACAUCUUUGUAGCCCCCCAGGGCCAACUAGCACAGUGUGGCUCUCUGGUUUUGUUUGCACAAAUACAAGUUACUUCCAGAAAGUCUAGGACAGCAUUUGAUUGAGGAUGAACUUAUUACUAGAGAGCAAUUUGGUGACAAAAAAUCCUUCCUCACACAGGCCUCUUAAAAUAGUUGAUUUUCCAGGGUCCUAAGUAUAUAAGAAGUGUAAUUGUGACUAGUAUGGGGAUCCACACUUUUAACUCCAGCACUCAGGAGGCAAAGUCAAGGGAUCUCUGUGAGUUCAAGGCCACCCUCAUCUACAUAGCGAGUUCCAGGACAGCCAGGGCUGCACACAGAGUCCCUGUCGUAAAUUACAAAUAAAUUGCAAUUUGAAAUGACAGGUGUUUAACACUCAAGUAUUCUUGGUGUUUUCUGAGGAUAAGCAACUUGGGUGAACAUUUUCAUACUGUACUUCACUUAUCCCAAUAAAUAUUUACUUUAGUUUAAGCAAAUUGAUUUUGUUAGCAAAAAUUUCCAAACCUUGUCAUGAAAAAAUAUUAAGAUCAAUGGCAGACACUGCAUCAGGAAAGUGGCAGAAUUUACUGUUGAUAUGUGCCUGAGUUUUCAAGUACCUUCCUCCUGUUUCUGACCAACAAUCUAUGCAUUAGGAGAGCUAGUCCACACUCAGCAGCCACACAAUGUCCCUGGCGCCCUUUGUGUACAUCAAGCGACAAUUUCAAAGCCUACUUGCUCUCUGUUAGGCAGUUCUAACGCGGAGAAUCCCUGCAGUAGAUUGUGUUGGAUGGAAACAAGUGCUGUAGUCUUUCGGGAGGGCAAGUGCAAACGGGCUCGUCCUGAGGCUGUCCCUGCUUUUUCAUCUCCGUUCGAUAUACCCCAGGAUAGUCUGCAGCUUGGGGGAUACUGCUGAAAAUGAAGGUCCAGAUAAAGGCUGAGCUUCUCGAUGUGAGGGAGCUGUUACAAGCCAGUCCCGGCAACUGUCAACGUUCUGUGCGUGGCGUCAACUGUGCUGUCUCUAAAAUUUACCAAAUCUGCUUUCCACUGGGCUCUUAGUUCUAAGUGAAGUUUUUGUCAAAAUGCGUCAUUCUGUUUCAUGAGGCCCUCAGUGCACAAAUCCAUGAGCGUUGCUGCUUCCUUUGAUGAGCCAUUGAGUAUGUUUGAUGUGAAACUAAUUUUGCACUUUGUUCCAAGAGCUUGCCAUUCAUCAGGUUGGCUUUGACAUUUUUUGAUUAAUUAAAUGUUGGCAUACCUGUAUGUAUUUUUCUUUUAAACAAAAAUGUGAACAGAAACACUUUUCACAGGAGAAAAAUAAAGCUUCUCUUUUAGUAUUCUCAAUACAGAUAUAUUACUAGCAGGUGGUUUUACUAAGAAAAACUGGUUAUGGUAAUAAAAUAAAUUUCAAAUACUCCUACAUUAGGCUAAUAUUAUUACCAAACAAGAAGCCAAUCUGAGUGUACAGUUGCCAGUCUAUGAAUAACCAAAGUUUUUUUUUUUUUCCUCUGAAUAAGAAACCUACAUUGUUCAGGGAAAGUUUACCCUACCAGAUAAGCAUCCCCAACUACAUCUAUUUUUAAAACUCCAUUGUACUACUUGAUGAAGAACUGACUUAAGUCCAGCUUCCUCCUUCCGAAGCUGUCUGUCUGUCUUUCUGAAGGACAUGCAUAGGCUAGUUUUCCCUCUCUGUCACCACCCUCUUCUUUAGUGGCGGCAUAAGAACACAGAUGUCAUCUUGAUUUCUCCUUAUCUAAAUACUUAAGAGCCUACAAAUAUGUACCAGGAACCAAAGUACUGUGAUGUCAGUGUGCCUCUAUAGAGCAGCAGCCAAAGAGCUAGCGCACAGUGUAGCCGAUCAGAACUGUCAGGGUUUUACAGAUGGCAAACACAGGGACCGUCCUGGGAAGGAUGCUGGGGUCUAAGAGUGCCACAUUGCUUGAGAUAGAGCUUCACACCUAAGCAAAGACUGCUGGGAGCACUCUGCUUCUACCUCUCAACUUCACAUGAGAGACUGUAAGAGAUCGGAGAUGGCUGGUGGCAAAGCCAAGGCUCAGAUGUGAACAUCCAGUCGCGAGUUCUCUACACUGUACUGUGCUGCUCCCCUGUGUGCCACUGCCAUUCUGUAAAUGUGACUAAAUGUGGCUUGUAAAUAAAGAACUCUGACCUCUGUAGUUUUGGUUUAUUAAGGCACUUUCUAUAUAUAAUGUUGUCUCAUUUCUCUUGUAUAGAGUUUAGAUUAUUUCCAAAGUAUUGUGGAAUAGAGUAUAGUAAUUAAGUUUUUUUUCUUCCAAAACCAGUUCUUGACUUGAAGAAAGAAAAAAAAAAUGUUCUCUAGAUACUUUGAACUUGGGAGUAAAUUUUUAUUAAUUGCCCCCGUUUGGUCCAUUUCAUACUGGCUUCCUUUCCUAGUUUUGCUUAGAUGCUGUAAACUGGUUCCUUUUGAAUAUCAGGCUGGGUCACAGGUCAGUGCCAUUUCAGCCCUGCCUGACCCACUUUUUCAGUCACUGGACAGUAUUUUUACUUUAAAAUUUUUUCAGAGCUGUGCAAAGUGAGGUAGUAAGUGUAUGGAACAUGUCUUUUAACUUCAGCCAGAAAAAUUUUUGAAGUCAUAAUCAGAACUGCAAAUACUAGGCCAUUGCUUUUGACUCUAUAAAUGCAUUACCUUGGCCAAGUUAAGCUUUUGCUUUUCUUUCUACAAGAAGUCACCAUUGUUGAAACACAGUAUCUCCCAGUUCAUAAGAAUUUUAGCAAGAGGUGCAGGGGUGAGGUUUUUUUUUAUUCUCUGAAGAACAUUUAUUUCAAGUUCCAUGAAACAUUUUUAAGAUAUGAUUUCCAAAGGCCACCUUAAUGAUUCAGGUCUAACUUAGAAUCAAGACAAAGAGUGAAAGAGAUUGUAUAUCACGGAGUGUUUGCAGACAUGGAACAGAGGUGUAGCAGCUCCAUUUAAAGGUCAAAUAGGUGGGGCUUUAUCAAUGAGCUCAUCUUUGGUGUAUAUUUAGCCAUUUCCUAAGUGCAGAUAACACAGAAAACAAGGUAGGUCUCCUGUGCUAAAUAUUUAUGUAUCCAGGUACUUAAGUGGCCUCGCUCAUUUUCUCACGUUUUUAUAAAAAAGAAUUUUGCAUGAUAUUUAUAAUUGAUAGCAUCUUAAAAUCUAGUUUGUGAUCCUCCUAGCAUGAGGAAGGAAUCCUUAUCUGGGGAAGGUCUGUGGUACAGUAGCAAUUCAGUCUUCUCUGAUGACGGCGUUUUUAAAAGCCAGUCAGCAACACUUUGAAGAUGCAAGAGGGCUGUCGCUGAUCUGGGUAGACCUGUCAGCAGACGCUAGUGAUGCCAUUGCUACAGGGAUAUUUACAAACUGCCUCCAGCCUGUUUCUUCCUGCGCUCUUAAGAUGUCUGCUUUGUAACUUGGUCUUGGAUCCAAACCCAUGCUAGGGGAAAUGGCUCUAGCGCUCCUUACAUACCCUCUAAAAGGCAAUUAGGAGAAAGUUUCAUUGGAAGUCAUGGUGGAGUUGUUCACUGACUGACGCUAAAGAUAGCAUCUUCUGUGACAGCACGGAGAACAUGGUGCCUGCCCUCAAGACCAUCAUUGGGGGAAUCGUCUGCCAAGAAGCACAGAUCGAUGUCCAGGUUUAAAUAGUGUCUGACUUACAACACCGCGCUUUACUUAAACCUCGUCAAUAGAAGAAAUCUAUUUCAUAAGUAGAAGCUUGUGCCUUCCCACAGCCUUGAACACGAAUGUGUAAUUCUGAUUAUGACGCUGGAAAGCAUGGUUACAUAGGCUUUUGUACCCCAACUCACCGCGGUAUGUUAUUAACAUGCUCAUGAAAUAGUUACCAGGGACUCUCUUGGUAGAGAGUAGCAGACCCAGACUGAAGCUGGGACUCACUGCAGGAAGCACCUCCAUAGUUCUGGCAUUUCUGUACAGACAGGAUUUCUGUUCACUCUGUCCUUUCCCCCCAGGUACUGAGUUACUCCAUCUGUUUUCCACCUUUCAUGUUGUUGGGACUUGGCACAACCGAGCCCGUGCACUGUGACCUUCUGGACUGUGUACAGCUGUGCUGGGGAUUGUUUCUGGAGAAUUGCCAUUUGCUGUUUCUUUAAGGACUGUCUAUUCUCCCUGGAUAAUUUGUCAUUCAAAACUUUCAGAAGUAUUUCUUGAAGGUGCUUCUAAUGAAAACACCAUGGGUAUUCCAUGACUUAAAUUCCCUCAAAUACACUUCCCUUUUUUUUCUGUCUUGCUUCCCUUCAAAUAUGUUUUCUAUAUUUUCUCCCCUAAUUUGGAAACAAUGUGGCUGAACAUUUUUCCCAAUCCUGUCUUCCUGAAUACCCGCUUAGCACUUCACUUCCCUGCCUGUAAUGGUUGAAAACGUAUGGCCAGCCAAUUCUGGACAUGGGGUUGGUUCCUUGUUGAAGAUGAUGCAUCAAAACAUUUCUAAAAAUGUUUCCCGGCAAGGCUAGGUGGGAAUGUCACUGUAAGACCUGGAUGGUUUGAAAAUGCUGCCAUGAAUAGUUAGGACUGGCCUACGUGCACUACAGUGGACCCACGAUGUAUCUUUCGCCUUUUCUACUUGUACACAUUGACAUAUGUAUUUUGUUUAACUGAAGUGUAUUUUAAAAUGAUCAUAAGCAGCUGUAUUGAAAUUUUGUUUUUAAUUAAACUUCUGUGUAACAGUC